AGCUGGUGUCUGGGCUAGGGGACAGUCCACAAGGUAAAUGUGGUUUGGAAGGUCGAAGCGGACAUGGGGCAGCGGCCUUGCAGCAAUUACCCGUCCCUUCCGACUGGCACAGCCUCUUGGAAGCGCUUUUAAAAAGUUUGAAAUUCUUUCCUGGAAGGUGCCGCCCCCUCACCUUUUGGCUUAAAGUAUCUGAUGCUGGGAAAACAAACUCCAUUCGGCACAACCUGUCACUGCACAGCCGCUUCAUGCGGGUCCAGAACGAGGGGACGGGCAAGAGCUCCUGGUGGAUCAUCAACCCCGACGGGGGGAAGAGCGGGAAGGCCCCCCGGCGGCGGGCCGUCUCCAUGGACAACAGCAACAAGUAUACCAAGAGCCGGGGCCGGGCAGCCAAGAAGAAGGCAGCCCUGCAGACCGCCCCGGAGUCUGCCGACGACAGCCCCUCCCAGCUCUCCAAGUGGCCCGGCAGCCCCACAUCCCGCAGCAGCGACGAACUGGACGCCUGGACGGACUUCCGCUCGCGCACCAAUUCCAACGCCAGCACGGUGAGUGGCCGCCUGUCGCCCAUCCUGGCAAGCACAGAGCUGGACGACGUCCAGGACGACGACGCGCCGCUGUCGCCCAUGCUCUACAGCAGCUCCGCCAGCCUGUCGCCCUCUGUCAGCAAGCCGUGCAACGUGGAGCUGCCACGGCUGACCGACAUGGCGGGCACCAUGAAUCUGAACGACGGGCUGGCUGACAACCUCAUGGAUGACCUGCUGGACAACAUCACGCUCCCGCCAGCCCAGCCGUCGCCCACCGGGGGGCUCAUGCAGCGGAGCUCCAGCUUCCCGUACACCGCCAAGGGCUCCGGCCUGGGCUCGCCCACCGGCUCCUUCAACAGCACGGUGUUCGGGCCCUCGCCCCUGAGCUCCCUGCGCCAGUCUCCCAUGCAGACCAUCCAAGAGAACAAGCCAGCCACCUUCUCUUCCAUGUCUCACUAUGGCAACCAGACACUCCAGGACCUGCUCACUUCAGACUCACUCAGCCACAGCGAUGUCAUGAUGACCCAGUCGGACCCCUUGAUGUCUCAGGCCAGCACCGCCGUGUCUGCCCAGAACUCCCGCCGGAACGUGAUGCUUCGCAGUGACCCAAUGAUGUCCUUUGCCGCCCAGCCUAACCAGGGGAGUUUGGUCAAUCAGAACUUGCUCCACCACCAGCACCAAACCCAGGGCGCUCUCGGUGGCAGCCGUGCCUUGUCGAAUUCCGUCAGCAACAUGGGCUUGAGUGACUCCAGCAGCCUCGGGUCAGCCAAACACCAGCAGCAGUCUCCCGUCAGCCAGUCUAUGCAAACCCUCUCGGACUCUCUCUCAGGCUCCUCCUUGUACUCAACUAGUGCAAACCUGCCCGUCAUGGGCCACGAGAAGUUCCCCAGCGACUUGGACCUAGACAUGUUCAACGGGAGCUUGGAAUGUGACAUGGAGUCCAUUAUCCGUAGUGAACUCAUGGAUGCAGACGGGUUGGAUUUUAACUUUGAUUCCCUCAUCUCCACACAGAAUGUUGUUGGUUUGAACGUGGGGAACUUCACUGGUGCUAAGCAGGCCUCAUCUCAGAGCUGGGUGCCGGGCUGAAGGAUCACUGAGGAAGGGGAAGUGGGCAAAGCAGACCCUCAAACUGACACAAGACCUACAGAGAAAACCCUUUGCCAAAUCUGCUCUCAGCAAGUGGACAGUGAUACCGUUUACAGCUUAACACCUUUGUGAACCCCGCGCCAUUUCCUAACCCAGCAGAGACUGUUAACGGCCCCUUACCCUGGGUGAAGCACUUACCCUCGGAACAGAACUCUCUAAAAGUAUGCAAAAUUUUCCUUGCACGGGGUGGUGAGCUGCCUGCCAGCGGAGGACAGCACUCCAGCAGCACCACCCGCCCUCGUUCAGAGCACACCGCGAACCCCCCGUCAGCUGUUCUGUGGCGUUUUAAUCUUGCGAUGGUUUAUGGGGUGUUUUAAGUGUUGUUCUUGUGUUCGUUUUCCUUUGACUCUCUGUUUUUCACAUGCAUUAACUUCAAUAUUUUUCUGUUAAAAUGUUCACCGUCCUUCCCCUGGCAAACUUAAAAACAGAAGGAAAACGUUAUACCAGUUACCAUUCCGGCUUUGGGCGUCACAAGCGUUUGAGCCUGUGGAACUCCAUAAACUAACACAUUACAUAAACUCGAGGGGGAUUUUCUUUCUUCUUUUGUUCGGUAGAAAAUUAUCCUUUUCUAAAAACUGAACAAUGGCACAAUUGUUCGCUCUGCGCACCUAUCCGGGAUUGCACCAUGCACAGGCGAAGUCAGCAGAGCGCGGCAACCCACCCAGUGUGUUUUCAGUUCUGAGUCAGGGUGGUCUGUGGACAGGACCCUAGCACCUGUGCAGUAGGGCCUGUAAUCUCCUGUCGGUGUCCUCAGCUAACAUGAACAGUGUUGGUCUAUUGGUUAGAAACUAGGAUCUUUUUCAGGAAAGAAAUCAGCUCAGCUGUCCACUCAUUGCCAAAUGCCACUAAAGGGGUCAGUUUUAAGGAGGAAAAAGGAGUUCUGUCUCGCUUUGCAGAAGAAAUGAGCUUACAGGUGAACCCCAAGCUUGCAGUGAGAAGUGUGGGACGGGUACAAACCUGAGUCACUGCGCUUCCGACGUCACUGUUUUCCUAUAUAUACAUUCUUGAUCAUUUUCACCCUUCCUGUGUGUGUAAUCGGAGUGUAUGGAGUAAGAGCCAAUAGCAUACAGACUGGUUUUUUAAAAAAAUUAAUAAGCUUAGGUUGUCAUUGGACAGGUGACACGAUGGCAGUAUGAGAUAGGGCACUUUUAACUUUUUUUCCCCUUCUAUGGAUUUCAUUUUGUUUUGUUUUCCAAAAGUUAUGGUGCUGUAUAGGUGCUUUGUGUUUAACCUGGACAGUGUGAUUACCUUCAUUACCUUCUUUGGUAGACGGGAUAGCUGGGAACACCUUUGGUACACGUGAAACUGGUGUGACUACGCUCUGAUUAGCACAGCAUAUGCAUACUUCUCCAAAGUGACACAUGAAGACUCUUUUCUUUGCAUAAAAAGCAUCAGGCAUAUAAAUAUAUAAAUAUAUUUUAUCAUGUACAGUACAAAAAUGGAACCUUGUGCAUGGGCGUUAGGAAUACAGGCUAGUAUUUCACACAGGCUUCCCUGCUUGAGUUCUUGCUGAUGCUUGCACCGUGACAGUGGGCACCAACACAGACGUGCCACCCAGCCCCCUGCACCCGCCACCGGCCACCAGGGGCUCCCUUGUGCGCCUUUGCUUUAUAACGCCUCUGGGGGUGAUGGUGGUGGUGACCACAGCUCCUAACAUAAUGAGAGUUCCAUUUGGUAUUGUCACACGUCUCUCCCGCCUCGCUUGGGUUGUCCUGUUUGAGCGACGGCCCUGUUGAUUUCACCCUGCCUUUUACCGAAUCUGUAAAUUGUUGUGCAAUGGUGGUUAUAGUAGACCUGUAGCACAUGGCCUUUUCUAAACUGCUCCAUGUUUAUAAUCUUCCUUUUAAAAGUAUGUAUAAUUUUUAAAAAUAUGUAUUCUAUUCACGUGGUCUGCUUGUCAGUGAGCCAGACUUGCUUCCUGUAUUCCUUUAUAAUGAUGCUACCACCCCCGUGAUUCUUCAGUUGUCUGCUGAGCGCAACACACUGUCCAGUAACAGUGAGAGAGGGCUGCCUCCCCAGCCUCCUAAAUGAUGCUGCCCUGGGUGGGAUGCAUUGCACAGACGAUGGCAGCAGCUGGGGGGUGGGUACCGCCUCAAAGGGCAAUCCAGAGUGCUUCCAAGGGGAGGACCCUGCACAUUUCUCUCCUGAGUUCAAAGAAACAAGCAAACUAGCCACACAGCCACUUGCCUUUGCAGUUUCAUAGACCCUGGGGCCUGCGUCGAGAGUGAGAAGGGCAGUCCUCCAAUGUGUUUCAACUUCAAAAUGCUGAUUUCCUUUGAGACACGUGGCAUCUCGUAUCUCUUUGCUGAUAUUUGUUGGAUUUCAGGCAGAAUGGCUUACAACAUGUCUCCGAGAACAAGAUUAUCCUUUAAUCUGAGACAGCUGAGGGAGGGACAGAGGAAGUAUGAGGACAGGGCAGCCACAGAACAGGUCAGGAAAAUAGAGGGUGAAUGCUUGGAUUUUUAAAAAAUUGUUAUUUUUGUUAAUAACUCACACAGCAUCUACACAUGGAGUGUGGUGGAGAGCUGAGACCAGAGCAAAGUCAAGUGUUACAAUAGCACUGUGAGACCUACCAGCCCUGGGAGAAGGGUCAGGCAAGAAUCUAAUAGUGUCCAGGGUCGUGGCACCCCCCCUAACCCUCAGCUGGCCAAUGAGAGAGGCCAGGCUUCCCUAGAUUAGCUAAGUUCCGAGGCAGUCAGACUGGACAGGGGUGCUGCCUGAGCCUUCUGCCCUUUGAAUCGAGAUCCCGCUUUCAGGACGGGCCAACUGCUGGCCACCACGUGGUGUUCUGAGUGCCACGAGUUCCUAACAAUAAGUCGUCUGAUCCAGAGCAUCUCAGCAGAAUACUUGAUAGCCCCCAGGACCCGGCCGCUGUAGUGCUGAAAUCAUGAUGAGAACUGUCCAAGGCUGCCCUCAGCUUCUAAACGAGCUGCUCCAGGGAGCUGCCUACUUUUAGAUGGGAAAUUGGCAAGAAGAGCACUCAUGUUGAAAACAUGACAUGCACUCUCGGGCUCUGUUGUUCCCUUUUGGGCUCAGAACCUGAUACCUUUUACCAAAGCUAGAAAAGAGCUUUAUUGCAAGCCUUCACUGUCCUGGCGUGAGACUCACCGCCAGGCUCAGCGUACCCCAUUAACUGUGAAUGCAUCUGAGAUUGGUUUCCUUUAUUGCAUCCUCUGCAAUAUAGUGAUGGCUGAAAUACAUUUUUAAAAACAAUUUCAGAAGUUUGUCUCUCCUGUGAAUGGAAGGAUCAUGCACAUACGUGUAGCACAAGGCGGACUUUGUGUUUGUUUUUGGUGUUGAUUUUUAGCAUUGUGUGUGUCGCUUCCCCACCCUGAGGAGAGGACACUACUCAGGACAGGUCUGCCCCCUCAGGGUGUGACUCAGGUGGCUCCAAAUGUGCACACAGUCUAAUGAUGAUAGGGACAGAUGGUGCCUCUGCCUAACGACCCCAUGUAAAGAAUGAGGAGCGCUUGAGUCUCUUGGAAAAGACCAUCAGGAGGGAAGCAGUCAAAAAGCAAGUCCUCCAUUCCACAUGUGGGUGCCGGGAGCGGGCAAGGGAAAUAAAAAUGUUAUCCUUUCUAAAAGCAAAAAGAAAAACCCUGACAGCUCUGAACUCCGAUUUCCUUUUUUUUUUUUUGCUGUACUUGGGGAACAUUGUAUGAUUAGACAUCAUGUUUUAAAACAUAAUAAUAAGCAAAUGUUGGGUAGAAACGCAACCACUAGUAAAGAGGUACGAAAAAGCCAGCCUCUCUGGAGACUGGGGAGGCAGGUACUACGAGGCAGAGAUGAACUACCGGCGGGAGCAAGGCUGUCAAACAGGACCGGAAGGCAGAUGCCCGGAUAGCUGAAAAGAGGGUAUUGGGUCUCAUCUAAAUCUUAAAGUGGGUAACAUUUUAUGCAGUUUGUAUGAAUGGAAUAUUUUCCUCUUGUUUAGUUUCAUUUGUACAUCUUUUUCUUUGAUGAAUGAUUGGUCAUGAGGCCUCUCACACUCCAGAAACACGUGUAUGGCUGCUUUUUUAAAAAAUGUGUGUCUGGUCACUUAUUUCUCUCAGAUUAUCUCAUCGCCUGGCAAUCAGUCUUCUCUUGUAUACUUGUCCCAGCCCAUUUUGUACAUGGGAAAUGUAAACAAAUGUGAAGGAGGACCAGGAAAAUUAGUUACUAUUAAAAAAAAUGUAUUGUGCAUUUUGGCUUCACAUGUUUAACUUUUUUAAGGAAAAAAAGUUGCAUGAACGGAAAAAAAAAUCUGUAUACAGUAUCUGUAAGAAUUGUCUUACCUGUUUCAAUUCCUUGCUCAUACCCCAUAUAAUCUAGAACUAAAUAUGGUGCCUGACCAUAUUUACACACCUGGGAGUCGAGCAGUUCAUACGUUGGUUUGAAGCACCUCAUCCUUCCUUUCCAAGUGAACACUAUCAUGUUGCAUUCUUACUGGAGAUUUUGUCUAACCAUAUGUUGCCAUGGAUUAACUCCGCCGCCUUUCUUCUCAAGGAUCAAAACCAGUUUGAUUUGGGAAUCUUCCCCUUUCCAAAUGUAAUAGAGAUGCAGUACUUACUUUCCUUGGUGUCUGUAGAUAUUGCCUUGUGUAUUCCAUUUAAAACCGUAAUCUAGUUUGUAAAAGACAUGGUGACGCAUGUAAAUAAAGCAUCGAUGACACUCUA